AAGACAUUUAUAUAUGAAGAGGUACAAAAACGCAUACAAAGCAUAUUUGCAUUGCUGUGGAAAAUUCUAGCUUCAUCUUCUCUACCUGUAGAUCUAAUAUUGGAGCAUUUCAGGAAAAGCCAUGGCCUUACACACAGCUACAUUGACAUUUAAGGAAGAAGCCACCUGCUCCAUCUGCCUGGAGUUGAUGACUGAGCCUAUGAGCGUUGACUGUGGGCACAACUUCUGCCGCUCCUGCCUAACAAGCAUCAUUGAAAACCAGCCACAGGAGACAUUUCACUGUGCCCUGUGCCGGGCAUCAUUUACUAGGAAUAGUCUCCGACCCAACAGGCAGCUGGCAAAUCUCAUUGACUCCUUCAGAGAGAUGAAUCUGAGAAUGUGUGAGGAGCAUGAACAAAGGCUCCUCCUGUUUUGUGAGGAUGACGAGAAGCUCAUUUGCUGGUGUUGUGAACGAUCAGCAAAACAUAGAGGACAUGUCACUACUCUUGUUGAAGAUGCACACCAAGACUAUAAGACAAAGCUUGAGAAAGCUGUGACAAAACUGAAGCAAAUGCAAGAUGAGUGUAAGAAUAAAAAGAUGUCCAUCAGAGAGCAAAUAACCAACUGGGAGAAAACUAUAGAGGAUCAGAAAGAAAAUAUCCAGAGUGAGUUUAAAAAUCUCAACAUCUUCCUUCAGGAAGAGGAGAAGUUUUAUCUAUCAAAACUAGAGAAUAAAAAAGAACAGGCUCUGAAGAAACUGCAAGCUGAUCAAGUAAGUCUGAAUAUGCAGAGCAAUGAAUUCAAGCACCACAUCCUGGAACUAGAGAAGAAAUGCCAGGAGCCGGAGAAUGAGUUGCUACAGAAUGUGAAAGACACCUUGAGCAGGAGUUCAUCUGUGAAGCUGAAAUUGCCAGAGCCUUUUUCUUUGGAUCUUAAUACUGACUGCAAAGUUUCUGAGCGCUACUUUGAUGUGAGGAAAAAGUUAAAGAGCUAUCAAGUCAAUGUCACUCUGGAUCCAGAAACAGCUCAUCGUGAUCUAAAAGUGUCUAAGGAUCGGAGACGUGUAACUGGUUUUUCCUUCAGGAUGAAUCUUAAUACUAGGUUGAAUGCUACAAUGUUCUACUCUGUUCUAGGCUGUGAGGGCUUCUCCUCAGGAAAACAUUAUUUUGAAGUGGAUGUGGGAGAUGGAAAUGGGUGUGGGGUAGGCGUUUGUCUAGAAAAUGUGGAAAGAGAUGAUGACCAGCGGCAGGAUCCUCUGUCGGGAUUCUGGACCAUUAGACUGUGCCAACCGGAUGGCUGCAUAGCCCUGACCUCUCCUCCUACUCACCUUCAUCUGAUGGAACACCCCCAAAUCCUGGGGGUAUUCCUAGAUCUGGAGGCUGGACUUGUAUCCUUUUACAACAUGAUUACUAGCUCUCACAUCUUUACUUUUCCCAAGGCCUCCUUCCCUGGGACUCUCAGACCCUUUUUCCAGGUUUGUGGUGAUUCCUUUUUGUGCCUGCCUCCUCCAGAUAACUAAGGAAAGGCACCAAAUCUC